CCACUAUAUAAACAAGAGCUCAAGCUGCUGAGGUUAGUUCAUCGGUGAGGUUUGAGAGAGAGUAAAUUCACUACACACACAAAAAAUAUUGAGCGUCCCUCCCCCAAGAAAAAAAAAUUGGUAGAUAACAGCAAAUUGUUCAUUCUCAUCUUGAUCCUGAAUUUUUACAUUUUUUUCAAGUUCCCCUUUAUUCUGUGUGUUCCCUCUUCAUUGAUCCGUUUCUGUGAAUCACCUGUCUUUACAAAAAUCAAAGCUUAUGAAACUGUGUUUUUUUCUUUGUUUCGAUUUAAAAGGCAGGUUUUUUCAGAACGCGAUCUUUUUUUCUUAUUUCUUCUGAUUUUUUACCUUUUUAGAUUUUUAGUUCUUCGAGGGUUGAAUUUUUUUUUUUAUAAUUCCCUCUUUUAGGAUCUACACGAAGGUUGCUUAUUUCAAACCUUUUAGAUCCAUUUUUAUUUUUUCUUCUUCGGAAAAAUCCCCUGUUUCUUUACUUUUGAUAAGAUUCAGGUUUCAUUUUUUCGACUUCGAAUUUUUAUUUUUAUCUAUAAAAACCUAUCUCCAGAAAUGGCAGCUGCUAUGAAUUUGUACAGUAGUAGCAGAACGUUUCAAGAUUCGUUUGGUGGUGGCGGUGGUGAACUCAUGGACGCGCUUGUACCUUUUAUCAAAAGCGUUUCCGACGAUUCACCUACUUCUUCUUCUUCUGCGUUUCUUCAUCCCGCAGCGUCUGCGUCUGCGUUUUCUCUCCCUCCUUUCCCCGGUUAUUACCCGGUUCACGAUGACUGUUCAUUCCUGACCCAACCUUUUUCAUACGGGUCGGAUCUUCUUCAACAAACCGGGUCAUCAUCACUAAUCGGACUCAACAACCUCUCUUCUUCUCAAAUCCACCAGAUCCAGUCUCAGAUCCAUCAUCCUCUUCCUCCGCCGCAUCACACCACCAACAACAGCAACUCUUUCUCCAACCUCCUCAGCCCGAAGCCGUUGAUGAUGAAGCAAUCCGGAGUCGCCGGAUCUUGUUUCGCUUACGGUUCAGGUGUUCUUCCUCCUAAGCCGACGAAGCUUUACAGAGGUGUGAGGCAACGUCACUGGGGUAAAUGGGUGGCUGAGAUCCGUCUUCCGAGGAAUCGUACUCGUCUUUGGCUUGGGACCUUUGACACGGCGGAGGAAGCUGCGUUGGCCUAUGAUAAGGCUGCGUAUAAGCUGCGCGGCGAUUUCGCCCGGCUUAACUUCCCUAACCUACGUCACAACGGAUCUCACAUCGGAGGCGAUUUCGGUGAGUACAAACCUCUUCACUCCUCAGUCGACGCUAAGCUUGAAGCCAUUUGUAAAAGCAUGGCGGAGACUCAGAAGCAGGACAAAUCGACGACGAAGUCAUCAUCGAAGAAACGUGGUUCAUCCGUGAAGACUGGGAAGGUGGUUUCGUCGCCGGAUCUGUCGUCGGAGAAGGUCAAAUCCGAGGAGAAGUCUCCCUCGAUCGCCGGAUCUCCUCCGUUUGAAGAGUCCGCCGCGGGAUCUUCGCCGUUGUCGGACUUGACGUUCGCUGACCCGGAGGAGCCGCCGCAGUGGAACGAGACGUUCUCGUUGGAGAAGUAUCCGUCGUACGAGAUCGAUUGGGAUUCGAUUCUAGCUUAGUGGGGGCAAAAUAGGAAUUUCAGCCGCUUGCAAUGGAGUUUUUGUGAAAUUGCAUGACUGGCCCUUUUGUAUUAGGGAGUAAUUAAUUAUGGUUUAGGGUUUUAAGUUUUCGUAUUUGUUAAUAUUUUUCGGUAUUAUUAUUAUGGUCUGUUGUAUUAGACUCUCUCUGUGUCGGUCGAGCUUGCGGUUUUUUGUCAGGCUCUCGACCAUGCCACAGAUUUCAUUGUCAUGUGUAAUCUUUUUAUCUUAAUGAACUUUAUUUUUAGUUUUUGUAA